AUGCCUUCCGUUCGCCUCGUCUUCCUCGCCGCCCUCCUGGUGGUACAGAUGACCGCGCUGGCCUCCAGCGCCAGAACCACACGCUGGCCCAAGCCUCAGACGCCCCGGCGAGCCGGGGGUGGGGGAUCCUCACGCAUCCCCACCACCAGCCCGUCUCCUUCGAGCAGCCUGCCGAUGGAUGAGACGACGGAGGUGACGAUGGACGCUUUGUCCACGUCCCCCACGGUCAGCACCACCUACUCCAGCGACAGCUACUCCACUGAGUUCCACACCGAUGCCUUGGCGCCGCCCGGGAACACCCUCGCAAACUUUACCCUUAAUUUCAGCGAAUGCUUCUUCAACAUCUGUGAGUGCUGUCCGCCAGAGAAAGUCCCCGCAGGGCCCAUGGGGGAGAGUGGGCCACCAGGACCACAGGGAGAGAGGGGCCCUUUAGGGAUACCAGGAGAGGCAGAACCAGGGCUCAGCGGACCAGCAGGACCAGCAGGACUACCUGGCUCCAACGGACUCAAUGGCGACAUAGGGGACAAAGGUGCUCAAGGACCGGUGGGUCUUCCUGGUGCCCCUGGCGUCCCAGGAAAACCAGGAGAUAAAGGAGAUCUGGGCCCCCGAGGAGAGAAAGGUGAAAGUGGCUUGAACGGUCUGAAAGGGGACCCGGGAGAAAGAGGAGAGCCAGGCCUGAAUGGGACUAAGGGCGACACCGGGCGAGAGGGGCCUAUGAGUCCUCCUGGGGUCACUGGGACAAAGGGUCAGAAAGGUGAACAACUUAUAUGCGAGUGUUUACAAGGCGAGAAAGACCGUGUGGGGGAGCCCGGGCCCCCUGGGCCCCCUGGUCUGGGAGGGGAGAUGGGAGAGAAUGGAACCGACGGUGAAAAGGGAGAGAGAGGGCUGCCGGGGCCUCUGGGUGGGAAGGGGGAUACUGGUUCCAGAGGGACCCCAGGACCGUCAGGAGGCAGGGGCGUGGCAGGGCAGAGGGGGGAGAGGGGAGGCAAAGGAGUGCGUGGGGCCCGGGGCCCCAAAGGCCCGCCAGGUCAGAGUGCGAAGCAGAUCCGCUCGGCCUUCAGCGUGGGCUUGUUCCCCAGCAAGUCCUUCCCUCCGCCCGGCCUCCCUGUGAAGUUCGAUAAGGUGUUCUACAACGGGGAGGGGCACUGGGACCCGGCGCUCAACAAGUUCAACGCCACGUACCCGGGGGUCUACUUGUUCAGUUACCACAUCACCGUGCGCAACCGGCCCGUGCGCGCCGCCCUCGUGAUUAACGGAAUACGGAAGCUACGAACCCGGGACUCCCUGUACGGCCAGGACAUCGACCAGGCCUCCAACCUCGCGCUGAUGCAGCUGAACAAGGGCGACCAGGUGUGGCUGGAGACGGUGAAAGACUGGAACGGAAUUUACUCCAGCAACGAGGACGACAGCACGUUCUCUGGCUUCCUGCUUUACGCAGACUCAAAGAUCAAGCCGAUGGAUAACCUGUGA